UGAAAGAGAGAGAGAGAGAGAUGUACGUGAGUGUGUGUGACCCUGUGAAUAUGAGGAAGAUAUGAAGAUGAAGCAGCAGGACUAAAGGUGGAUUGCACAGAGCCUUUCUCUCCCUGCAAGGGCUUGUCUGCAGUAUCCUUUUGUAAAUGGAUGCUGGCUUGUGAACACGACUCGGAGGCCUUCAGUUGCUGGGGAGAUUUCACACCACAGAAGAAGCAGAAAAGAUUUUAUCAGGAAGAUCAAGCAAAAUAGGCAAAUAUCGAACUGAGGUUGUUGCAGACGUCAAACAAGGGCAAUUUACCACAAGAGCCAUGUGGGAGGAGAGUGAGGGAGUUUUGCUAUUCUCAAGCAUCAAGCCCAAACGCUUUGUGUACUGAUAUAUGCUUCGUUCUCCAGCCCUCUUCCAGAGCUUUUCCUCAGGGGGAGCCCCUGCUAUGAACCCCAGCUCCGUUGGCUUCAGCAGGCAGUCCAACCUCAGUGCCAGGCGCUGUGUGGGCAUCCCACAAGUCUGGGUUCUGCCCACACAGGACUCACAGACUGCCCCAGAACAAAAAGAAUGAAAAACUCUUGAGUCACUCCUGUGUGUGGUGGCUCUUCUGUCUAGUGUUAAAUUGGUCUGUUGUGAAGUUUUGUCUGCCUCUUCACCGACAAGUUCCUAGCGUCAGUGAAAGCCCUCUCCAACUCUUCCACCAGAUCCUUUUAGGUCACCACUUCGUUGUAAUUUGCUUUCCCAUCAAGCAGCAGCACGAGUUCCUUUGUGCUCACCACGUGGUGGAGGACCAUGGGAUGCCGUCAGAGCUCGGAGGAGAAGGAAGCGGCGCGGCGCUCUCGGCGAAUCGACCGCCACUUGCGCUCUGAGAGCCAGCGGCAGCGGCGUGAGAUCAAGCUCCUGCUGCUGGGCACCAGCAACUCAGGCAAGAGCACCAUUGUCAAGCAGAUGAAGAUCAUCCACAGUGGCGGCUUCAACCUGGAGGCCUGCAAGGAGUACAAGCCCCUCAUCUUGUACAAUGCCAUCGACUCUCUCACCCGCAUCAUCCGCGCCCUCACCACCCUCAAGAUCGACUUUCACAACCCUGACCGCGCCUACGAUGCUGUGCAGCUCUUUGCCCUCACAGGGCCGGCGGAGAGCAAAGGAGAGAUCACUCCAGAGUUGCUGGGGGUCAUGAAACGUCUGUGGGCUGACUCAGGGGUCCAGGAGUGCUUUCAGCGAUCCAAUGAGUACCACUUAGAGGACAACACUGCCUACUACCUGAACGACCUGGACCGCAUCUCUGCACUUGAGUACAUCCCAACUGUAGAGGACAUCCUACGGUCUCGUGAUAUGACCACCGGCAUUGUGGAGAACAAGUUCACCUUCAAGGAGCUCACCUUCAAGAUGGUAGAUGUGGGUGGACAGCGCUCUGAGAGAAAGAAAUGGAUCCACUGCUUCGAGGGCGUGACUGCAAUCAUUUUCUGUGUCGAGCUAAGUGGCUAUGACCUCAAACUCUACGAGGACAACCAGACGAGCCGCAUGGCCGAGAGCUUGCGCCUGUUUGACUCCAUCUGCAACAACAACUGGUUCACCAACACGUCGCUCAUCCUCUUCCUCAACAAGAAGGACCUGUUGGCUGAGAAGAUCAAACGCAUUCCUCUGACAGUGUGCUUCCCUGACUACAAAGGUCAGAACACCUAUGAGGAGGCAGCCGUCUAUGUGCAACGGCAGUUUGAGGACCUCAACCGCAACAAGGAGACCAAGGAGAUCUAUUCGCACUUCACCUGUGCCACUGACACCAGCAACAUCCAGUUUGUGUUCGACGCUGUCACGGACGUGAUCAUCCAGAACAAUCUCAAGUACAUUGGGCUGUGCUAGGACCUGAUGCUGGCUCGGGGGUGGGGGGGUGGGGGUAAAGCGGGCCACUUGGCAGCAGUUGGUCCGCCGUCAGGCUGGAUAAACAAAAGGCAUGUCAGUCUGCCUGACAGUUUAUCUCUUUGAAGAGGUGCAACAGAGACCUGCAAAGGAAACGAGCUAGUCAGAUGGUCAGGGAUGGACGAUACUGUAGAUUCAUGUGUUUCAGUUGAAACAAAAGAGCUGGUGGGCCAUUGUCAAGAUGGGAGUUUUACCCAAUGUGUUUGCACUGAAUAUGAGUAUGCAGAGACACCCAACACACACACACACCGACACACAUCCUUAUGUUUGCUCUCUCUCUCACACACACACACACACACACACACAAGAUCUUUGGAUCAACAGUCAAGCACUUGUUUGACAAGGCAACACUGGAAAUUUUAGACAGCUACCCCUACCUGCCUGCCAAACCUGAGGUAGUAGGUCUGUUGGUGGUUUUUCAGUUACUUUUGUCUCUUUUAUUUAAUUUGCCAGAGUCAAUUAAUGCUGCUUAACAAGAAGAAUUUUGACAGAAUCAAUGUUCUCUUUUGGAUUUUCACCCUAACAAUGGUAACCAGUGAGUGCACCUGAUGAGACGUGGGGAGAGCCUGUAUUUCUGAGGAAAAAAAAAAAUGUCAGUAGACAUGAUGUCACAGGGUUUCUGCCUAAAAGAGGAAACUGCCACAGUGUAAAGCUGAAGUGAAAUACGUUUUCUACACACUAUUUCUGUUCUGCCCCCUGGUCGACUCUCUAAUGUUGUUCUUUUCCCCUCUUUCUUUUAGCGUUUUUUUUUUUGUGCUUUAAAAAAAAAAGAAUAUGUCUCUCAAACCUGCCUUUUAUAGCAGGUCACUGACUUAUAAUACCAGGAGAGUGUUAUGCUCGUCAAAAGUAUUCUUUAUGAUCAUUCCAGUUUCCAGCAAGAGACAACAAAAACAGUGCCAAGAUCAAUUUGUAAAUAAAGCCAGAUCCCAUCCAUUACGUUAAUUUUUGUUUUGUUUUUAUGGACAAAUACAUUAAAAACAUGCAUGAUUUUGUUACUUUGGGAUACUAAUAUAUUUUCUUUGGGAUUAUGUUCCUCUUUUCUUAGGUUUAAAUAAUAUAUUCCCAAAAAUAUAUAUAAAAGUCAAACACUGUGUACGAUUGUACAGUUGUCAGAGAGGAAUCUAUUGAAAAGAGUUAUAUCAAUAUAAUAAUGGUGAAUAUGAUGUUAUAAUGAUGAAAAAGAUGACUGAUUAUGAUGAUAACAGUGGUGGUGAUGAUGAUUACAAUAAUGUCAAAGAAAAUCUCACUGCAGAGUUAGCAUGAGAGGAUAAAGUGGAUCAAAGGAGAACAAGACUGUAGAAAAAUGUGAAAACGAGAAGCAAAUGUUGAAAGUUCAAUCUUCCUUGCAUUAUCUAAGUGGAAAUUGUUAAACAGCCAGUCAGUAUGAUGUGUAAAUAUACUGUAAGGUACACUCUUUGUUCAAACAAAUGAAAAUAAAGGUUGAGUUGGGAUACUGUAAGCGAGAUAAAGAGAGAGCGAGAGAAAGAGAAGGAGGAAAACCCCACUCUGCUCCUCCUCUUACCCUUUCUUUUCAGUUCAAAGGGUGAUGUGCAAACAACUCAGCUAAGGGCUUCAGGCUUGACUUUACGGGAUGUCCACUUCAACAAAAGACAAAACAAUUAAAAAAGAAGUAUAAAGAGGACAAUAACUAUGAAUAAAACAACUUAUGCAAAUUUCCAUGGUGUAGUAAAUGUGUUUUUGGGUGGUGGUGGUUGUGUCCAAAGUGCUGAUCUUUCUUAUUGUUAUAUAAUAAUGCUGCAAAUCAUUUGCAACCUGGAAGAGGACAAACUGUCCAAAGUCCUUGCUUGCAUCCUCAGUGUAUGAAAUCUGUCCUUUUUGUCCUCACCAUACAAUGAGGCCACUGGGGCAAGAAUAAUGCGGACAUAAAGUAUGCAAUUAAUUUACUCCUGAAUGAACUUGGCCUAUGUGUGACUGUGUAUAGAUUCCACUCUAAUUAGUGUAUAGACCUCAGAAGACC